CUGUAUUGUCAAGGACUAUUAUAUUACCCAUAAAAAAUAAUUUAUUCCAAAGUAUUUUUGAAAAAUAAUCAAAAAUUGGACAAACAAGUUGGAGGAAAUUUUCCAGCUACAGCUACAGCUGCUGCCUCUGCCAGCGUCGCUGCCGCAGUUCGAGAUAAAGGAUAUGCCCGGAUCUAAAAGAUACAGUUUUUCUUCUUGUUUCUUUUUUUCUGCUGGUGCUGCUGCUUCUGCUUGGCAUUUUGCACAGCAACAGCAACAACAAUCGUUGAGAAAGGACCACAAGUUUUGCUAGAUAAAAUGUAACAUACAACCAAGAAAUAAGUGAGCGCCAAAGUAUGCAAAUAAUUGAAUAAGCCGAAAUCAUUAACUAAUUAAAACGAGACACGCACAGAGGGCAGGAAAAUAUCGAAAGGAGUCAAGUGUUUUCGAGGAGCUGGUUUGCUGGUUUGCUGGCAUGCUUUGAGGUUAAUACCACCCACCCACCGCCCAUCAUCACCACCUCCUCCUCCACAUCUUCGUUUUGGCCAAUUUCUCCGUCUGCUUUCGCCGCUUUCUUCGUCACCGCCGCUGCCGUCACCAUCAAAAGGUAUCGAAGCAAUGGUUGCCUCAUUAGCGACUUAGCAGGAUGGCGUAAAGGAAACCGUAACCGAAAACCCCAAAAAAAAAGAACACACUGAAAGGGAUUGAGGGCAGCAACUGCUGAAAAGGUGGAGAGCCCAUAAAAAAAGGACAAAGAAAUUGUAUACUAGUAGCGAAUUUUAAGCAUAAUGAGUUCGUUCUCUUGCCUCUAAAACCGAGCACCUCAAAUGUAAAUUGAUAUUAAGCCGCCAAUCAUAAUCAGCACCGAAAUUAAUUAAGCUCGGCGGCCAGUCCACAAUAAAUAAGCAGCAACCAUGGCCUCACCACCAGAAAGUCCCAUCGAGGAGGUGGUCUAUGAGUUGGAACACACACGAGUGCCUAAGCCCAUUCCCGUUGCCCUCGAGGAUCUGUGCCGGCAGACCAAGUUCACCAAACAGGAAAUCCGGGUUAUGUACAGAGGAUUCAAAACGGAAUGCCCUGAGGGCGUGGUGCACGAGGAUUGUUUUAAGGAUAUUUACGCCAAAUUCUUUCCACAUGGCAAUUCGAGUUUAUACGCUCAUUAUGUGUUCAAGGCGUUCGAUGUUAAUUGCAAUGGCGCCAUCAGUUUUCGGGAUUUACUGGUCACCUUGUCGACGUUGCUCAGGGGUUCCGUGUACGAACGACUGCGCUGGACCUUUAAGUUGUACGACUUAAACGGCGAUGGAAGGAUAAGUCGAGGCGAACUUAGUGAAAUCAUAUUGGCCAUUCACGAGCUUAUGGGUCGGAGACCCCACCAGCCUGAGGACGAUCGCAAGGCGAGGGAUCAGGUCGAUCGUGUGUUUCGCAAACUGGACUUGAAUCAGGAUGGAAUUAUAACGAUAGAGGAGUUUUUGGAGGCCUGCCUGAAGGACGAUUUGGUAACGCGCUCGCUGCAAAUGUUCGACAACGACCUUUGAUGACAAGAGGGCGAGCUAGAACCAGAGCUUCGCAAUUCCAGGACUAUAAUAUCACUUAUAGAUCUUUAACUGCAAUAAGCAACGCUAAAAAAUGAACAACCAUAAAAAAACAAAAAAUAUAUAAAAAAAAAAGGGAAACCCCAAAUAAGAAUGACAAACACCAGUGAAAUUGAUGGAAAACAAGGAAAUGAAACAUAUUAGUAAUUAUUCUUAGUUUAGGCAAAAUAUCGAAGGAAGAAAUCUUUAAACUUUAUAAGUGUGUUAUUAUAUAACUAACGAUGAGGUCGACAAAGAUUGAACAGAAUAUAAAGAAUAUGUAAUUUUUUGAGCAUAUUAUGAAUUUAUUCCUGCCGCGAAAAGCGAAUUGUUCUUAUAUAUGCAUUUACUACAUAAAUAUGUUUGUAUAUGUAUGGUAUAUGUGUAAAUGAAAUUAAUUUCGAGAACAAUACUAAACUAAACCACCAAACCAAAUGUUUGAUUCAGGAAUGGAAUUGGUAUACCGACAACAAGAGAAACCGAGCUCCCAACACGAUUUACUUUACUAUAAAUAUGCAUAACAAAUAAUAGAAUACAAUAACAUAAAUUUACACAAGCCAAAAGAUACAAUAGCAGUUAAAUGGGAAAUUCAGUUAAAUUAUUUUUUAAAAAAAUUUCGGAUUUUGUUUUUUUGACCAAGCUAAAUUUAGUAUUUCAACAGAUUAACUAUUUUUCUUCGCCGUCAAUUAAAGCAUGUACUACACAACAAACGAUAAAUUAAAUUAAUUCAGACUGUGGAAAAUGCCAUUAAAACUCAUUUUCAAUUUGCAUAAAUGUGUAUGUGUGGGUUUUCAAAUUUGCAUCAACUAAUUGAAUUUACAAUUUGUCUCAAUAAAGCUGUCUUCUAUCGAUAUUGAUUUAAAAAGGCAAAACAUAGAUACUGUACAAUAUAAUGAAUAAAAUAUGCCUGGGUUUUGUAUGCCCAACCAACCACCGAUUUAUAAAAAUAGCACUUGACAAUUCGAUUUAUUUAAUAUUUAUACAAGGCCGUGUUGAUUAUUUAAUGUUUAAUGCAAUUCAUAACAUGACUAUUCAAUUAAAUUACAUUUUUAUUCAAUUACGCAUGCUUGAACAUUUUUACUCACAAAUAUGCUAAGGUUUAUCCCGCUAUUUGUAACGACCCCACAUUAUUUCAUCAUCCCCUAGCAGAGGGGUGACUUCAGGAAUAGACAAAAGUUGUGCAGCGAAAUGGAAAUGUAACAUAAUAAAAGAACGAGAACGUUUUACAAAACUCAUACACAAACAUUGAAUGCUUAAUUGUGCAUGGACAAGUCAAGACAAUCAAUGUGGUUUGAUAUUUCCUAUUUCCUCUUUUAGUUGUACGCAUUGUUCUUCCAUUGUUGCUUCAAACAAAUACAUAUUUCCGUAUAAAAAAGACUUAAGCGGAGAAGAUAAAUAAAAUCAGGAUUCAGUGGUUUUAUGACGUCAAGGAAAACCUUUCAAUUUAAUAGUUCAACUUCGCAGUUGACUUUAAAAAGUGUACUAGAACAAAAUGCUAUGUACUAAAACAAAAAUAUCUAAAUGUUGGGUUUCUAAUCCAUACCAAAAGUAAUUGUUUGUUAAUUUUAUUUAAGCUUCACAAAGCCAAUAUCUUUGUUAAACUAACCAAAAGCUUUCUUCUUCUGAGGGACAUGAAAAAUAAAAUGUUAGCAUCAGUAAAACUAAAUAUUCCCAUCAAACGGCAAAGCCAUUUUAUGCGAUUUCAUCAUCAAAUAAACGUAGCUUUAGCAAAUGUGUUGAACAAGACCAUUUUGUUGAAUAAAAAUAAAUCUUGGCUAAACAAAAACCUAUGCGACCUUCUCGGUAAACCACCCACAAUUUCUAACUUUUAAGAAACGAUCUAUGCAAUAUGAACGUACACUGUCCAAAAACAGAUAUGGUAAUCUAAUUGAUAUUAACCUAUCUUUCGAAUUGAGGAAAGUUAAGUGUCUAACUAGUCAACAUAAUUAAUAAUGAAAUUAAAACGCUUAUACCUAAUGUUAAAAUAAAUUAAGAAGUAAAGAGAUUUAUUUAUCCAGCCGAAUUGGAAGAUAAUGUUAUAAAAUCGGUUUUAGCUGCUAAAUGUCCUAAAGAAAAGACGAACGAGAAUAUCCACUAUGCAAUGUCAAAACAAACGUUGAUUUAUACUAGAAAGAUGGAAUGGAAAUCGAAAUCUAACUCGGUUUCCGAUACCAACCUUUAAUAUGUUUAAGAACGUGUGGUAAAUAAUUCUUAGCAUUACUUUUACACCUACGUUUAACUCAUAUUUAGUUGAAACUAAAUUUAAUCCAAAUGUACCUAUAGUAAAUGUAAAUUACGAUAAUAAUUUUCCAGCCUAAGCGAUUUGUAAAUGUUAAAUCGAAAAGUACCAUUAAACAUCCUGGAUAUAAUUCUUUAAGUUAACUAACUCAUGAUUUACGCUAUCUUUAUCUUUAUAAUAAUACGGGAAAAUUAACUUAACAAGAAAAAACGUGGUUAGUGAUUUGGAUUGCUUAUAAGUAAAUGAUAGGAAAACCUAUAAGCGUUUAUUGAAAUAAUACGACUACAAUAACAAUACUAUAUAACGACUUGACAAAUCCAUCUAUGUGUAAAUUACAUUUAUUUAUUUGUCCUGAAAAUUCCAACUCGUUUCCAAAAAAAGGAACUAUUUGUUGUUAAAUUUUCAAAUGAAGAUAAAUGUUAAACUUUGCUACAAAUCUAAAAAAUAAAAACCAGAAGAUAUGUUUUAAACUACUACUAAAUGUAACUUUAGUUAAAUAUUGUCACAUUAGGGAAUACCAAGUGGAAGUUAAGUUAUGUAGGUCCUACGAAUGCUUAAGUUCUCGUGCGGUCUCAUUCUAAUUUUGUUCUAAUUUAGUUUUUAGUCCAAAAAAUUUAACUCAAAUAACAGACGAAAACAGUUCUUAUGCCAUUUUAAAUGAAAACAACACAAACAAAUAAAGAACACUUUAAUGACACCAUGCCCAAAACAAUUGGGUAAAGCGUAAAACAGAUUAACAAUUUUAAUAAAAAUAACACUUUAAUUAUGUACUCCCAUCAAGUUUUUUCAUUAGGCGUGAUAAACAAGCGGGAUGGAACAUUUCUUACACCAAU